AUCAUUCUACUCAACUUAAUCAUUACAGUGAAUAAAUUCAAUGUACAUAUAAGUACUUCAAUUUCUAGCAUUAUGUACACAUUUGUUGGCUUUUUAAUUAUCACUUCCAUUGUUAGUGGCUCGGUUCCGCGUAUACUGGGCGGUAAAGAAGCUGAAAACGGCUCGGUUCCACGUGUAGUGGGCGGUAAUGAAGCUGAAGCUAAAUAUCCUUACCAAGCGUCAAUCAGAAUUAGAGGUUCACACGUAUGCGGAGCAUCAAUUAUUAGCCCUUAUGUCAUCCUUACCGCCGCACGCUGUAUUUAUAAGAAAGUACCAUCACAAAUGACGGUUGUUGUUGGAACCAAUUAUUUAUCACAACCUGGUAUUGUUCACACAGUCAACAAAUUGAUUUGGCACGAGUUUUACAACGAAUGCCUAGUCCGUAAUGACAUCGGCUUAAUACUCGUAAAUGGAUACAUUAAAUAUAACGACAAAAUUCAGCCGAUCCCACUCGCAAGGGUAUAUUACGUACCUCAAGAAACAAACGCUGUGGUAACCGGUUGGAGGAAAUUAAACAAUGGAUCAGACGGUAUGUCUAACGCGUUGCAAGCGCUGAAUGUAACUAUAGUGUCGCAGGAAAUGUGCCAACUAUACGAUUGGAUGGCAACAAAAAAUAAUAUAUGCACGAGUGCAAAAAGAAAUCAAGCUUGCUCCGGUGACCCUGGUAGUCCUUUGGUUUUUAAUGGUACACAAGUGGGAAUCGUUUCUUAUGGUCGAUCAUGUGACUACCUCAGCGUGUACACCAGAGUGUUUCCUUACGAACAGUGGAUAAAUAAUAUUACAAGUAAUCAGCAUGGUAUAGGAUCUCAAGUAAAUUCAAAUAUGUGGUCUAUAUUGCUGCUUGCAGUAUCAAUAAUCGUCUUCUCUUUAUAGUAGUAAAGAGUUUUGUCGUAAGAGUAUUAAUUUUUGUAUUAACUUUAAAUUAGAAUAAUCAGUAGAUACCUAGUAAGUUGAAAAAUAAAGAUGGAAGAUGGAUUUUUUCGACCAUUCACAAAGCGAAGGUAACGGAAAUUUAUUCACGAAUAUCAGUAAAUUAACAAAUAACGUGAUAAUUAUUAUUAAAAUUAUAGUCUUAUACUCGUGAAAUUAUUUACCUAAUUUACUUUAAUAAAAUUAACCGGAAUUAAAUAGAAACAAAAAACCGCCGGAAGCUAUAUUUUUACAAUAUCUUAGCAGAAGCUCAUAGAAGAAUUAGUAUAAUUGACCUACUAAGACAUCCACUUCGUAGUCUAAUUCUACUUCAGUUUCAGCCUUUUUUUCAAUGGCAGACUUGAAAUUACCGUAUUUCGGGAAAAGUCGAGGUAUAGUAAAUGCUUUUGUUCUCCGACAUUUAGAACAAUCUCCAUACCAAUUGCUUGCUGAUAAAUGAAGUAACAGUGGAAUAACCAAUAUCCUUGAUGUAUUUUCGAGCUAUAGCGGGGAGACGCGGUCGCGAGAAAACGUGUCAACAGGAGUCGUAAAUUCCACCACGAAUAGAUCGAUCCCCUUAUUUCGAUUAAGACAAUAGGGGUGGUUGUUGUAGUAUAACACUGCGAUUAACAAGGUUAUAAAAUUUAUAUUUCCAAUAUUUAAUACACCAAUGAGUUACACCGUUACGUAUGAUAUAAAGGGCGUACGGAAUACCACCAAUCUGGACGUACGGAAUACCACUAUGGGGGACGGCAGCAAUGAGCCAUAUAAACAAAAUAGAGAUAAUACAAGCUAAAAUCCUU